CCAGGCCCUUAGGGUUUGUGUUUACCUGAGAUUGAUUUGGCUACUGUUUUUUUUCUCGUCUGAGACGAGCUCAACACGAGGACGAACAUUCAACGUUAAACUUGGUAAGCGCCCUCCGGAACUCGAGCCUCAUCUAAUACUUUCAAUCUCCAAAUACUGGACAUGCAUCCGGCCUUGCAAAUUCUCGAAGUGAUAGACGUCAUCAGCUCACACACAGAACAUGGAUCCCUUCCUGCACUUGCAUCCACGUGCCGUACCUUCGAGAGUUCAGCGCUUAAUGUCCUUUGGAGGAAUUUGCAGUCUGUGGAGCCACUUGUCAAAUGUUUACCAAGUGACCUGUUUGGCAUCGAUGGUGGAGGUUUGGUGUGUCACAGUUUCGUAUGAUCGUGAACUUCAGACUAAGUUCACAUAUGCAGGUACUACAGAAACCUCUUGAUCACAAGAUGUGGGACACUUUUUCUAGAUACACGUCCCGUGUGCGCUCUAUCAUACAAUUUGGCAAUUCGACGUCUAUUGAGCCCCUCAGUUUGAUACUGCUGUCUUGUCCUUUUGCACCCGCGUCCUUGUUUCCCAAACUCUGUCAACUGAUAUGGUUUGCCGAUGUCACUCGUGGCGCUACAGAGUUCUUGUGCAUGGCUUUCGUGCCCUCCCUAUUGUCCUUGUCCUUGAACGUGGAUAUUUCUUCGGCGUCCCCCGCCUUUCUCCCGGUCUUUUCGUCUCUUGGGACUUUAUGUCCUCGCCUUCACACCAUGACUUUGAGAUCAACACAUCUUCGUGCAGUCGACGGGCCGUCUCCUAACGAUUCACCCUUUAUCAUACAACCUAUUUCCCAACUCCACCAUCUUCGUAAUUUGGACAUAUGGGACCUAGGAAUACAAGGCAUCCAGCAAAUUAUGCUGCUACGAGCUCUGCAGACGGUGACCCUUGACUUCAGGACAUCCCCAUUGUCAGUUUGGGACAGACGCUCGCCUUUGCGACUCCCCGGCUUUCAAAAUUUGCAUCUUUUGUGCCUUAGUGCCGACGAAUGUGAGCGUCCCUUGAACUUCUUGAGUUCACUUUACAAUUGUCAGAACCAAAAAAAUUGUGGUCAGCUUCACCCCUCAGGUUGCACAGCCCCUCGCACUUUCCCCUGAUGUUAUCACAGUUUCUCGCCAUCCUCCAAGAGAAAUGCGACAACAACAAACUUGAAUACUUUAUUUUCAAUACAUUUUCAUUCAGGAUGCCUAGGAUA